UCCAUACAAAAAUUCUAUAAAUAGUAAUGCAAUAUUAGGAUAGCUAAUAAUUCAAUUUAUCUAUUUCUAAAUAUUUUAGAAUGUUAAUUUCAAUAAUGAUGAGAGAACACCCAUGCGACAUAGAAUGGAAAAAUAUAUAAAAUCUUUACAGCUACUUAUUAUUAAAGAAAUUGAAUCUCUUGAUGGUAAAAAAUUCGAAAUUGAUCGUUGGGAAAGAGAACAAGGUGGAGAGGGAAUUUCUUGUAUCUUACAAGAUGGAAAUGUUUUUGAAAAAGCUGGCGUAAAUAUUUCAAUUGUUUAUGGAAAUUUACCUGAAGCGGCAGUAAAACAAAUGAAAUCACGCAAUAAAGAAAUUGACCCAUCUAAAGGACCUCAUCCAUUUUUUGCUGCAGGGAUUUCAAUUGUUAUGCACCCACAUAAUCCUUAUGCACCAACCAUACAUUUAAAUUAUAGAUAUUUUGAGAUUAAUAAUAAGGAUGAUAAGGAUGGAACUUCAAAAUUAUGGUGGUUCGGAGGAGGGUCUGAUCUUACACCAUCUUAUCUUUUUGAAGAUGAUGCGAUUCAUUUCCAUAAGACGCUAAAGGAUGCAUGUGAUAAACAUGAUGUUACAUAUUAUCCUGAAUUCAAGAAAUGGUGUGAUAAAUAUUUUUAUUUACAACAUCGUGGUGAAGCACGUGGGGUUGGUGGUAUAUUCUUUGAUGAUAUGGAUAGAAAACCUGCCGAAGAGAUAUUUGCUCUUAUAAAGCAAUGUGGUGAUGCCUUUCUCCCAUCAUAUGUUCCAAUAAUUAAAAAGAGAAUGAAUAUGAAAUUUGGUGAAGAAGAGAAACACUGGCAACAAUUACGAAGGGGACGUUAUGUUGAAUUUAAUCUUAUAUGGGACCGGGGGACGAAAUUUGGACUGCAAACUCCAGGUGCAAGAAUUGAAAGUAUAUUUAUGUCAUUACCCUUAACUGCAAGGUGGGAAUAUAUGCACGUUCCCGAAAAAAAUAGUCGUGAAGAAAAAUUAAUAGAUGUGUUGAAAAAUCCACGUGAUUGGGUAUAACAAUUAAAAUCUUUUUAUAAUUAAAGUGAUAUUAAAUAUCUGGUGGAUUAAUCUGACAGAAAAUAUGAAAUCAAGUUUCAACCCUCUGUGUAAUCUGUGUAAGAAUUAAAUGCCACAGGAUUAAUUCUAACUAAAUUUCUAAAAGACAUGGUGUUUAGUUUAUUUAGUCUUAUCUCUUAAACAAAUUGCUACCGAAAAUGAAAAAGGAAAUUACUAGUAAUAAGAUUAUUUUGUUAUUCAUUAAUACAAUUAUUUUCUAUACUUAUACUAUUACCUGUACCAAUUAAAAAUUUGCUAAAUGACGAUUAGUAAAAUAGAACUAUAAUAAAAUAGCUUUG